AUGAUUGCAAGUGUGGCCCUGUCAAAAAUCCCCAUUCUCAAGUUCAUCUUGGCGGUUGUGAGCUACUGCCGGAGUUGGGAAUACUUGUUCAGAGGCCAGAAGAUCAUCCAGCACAAAUAUGACCGGCCAUUCGAGAUUCAUGCACCGGAUAACCGCUACGUGUUCGUCUCUUCACCUGAGCACAUCAAGGAGCUCGACCAGGCCCCGGACACUGUUCUCUCCCUGCAGGCAGCAUCCAAGCAGAUGUUGCAACCGAUGUAUACGAUGCAGAAGUUCAAUUGGUUUGACCGUCGGGGGACUGAAGGCGUUGGCUUCAUCCGCGCGCUUCGAACUUUGUUGACCAACAAUCUGCCGCAAAUCCUUCCAGAUCUUAGCGCUAUCAUCAGAUCCCGACUAGAAGAGAUUGGAGACUCAUACCCAACUGUUAAUGGCACUAAGCAGUACCCUGUGUAUCCAGCUGUUGUGAAGCUCGUUGUCUUGUCGAAUGCAGUUUCAUUCUUUGGCAAGGAUCUCGCCAAGAACGACGGCUUCAUGGUCUCCGCUUUAGAGUACAUUGAGGAAACCUUGAUUUGUGCCGAGAUUGUCCGCGUCCUUCCGACGUUCAUAAGACCUGUGAUUGGCAGCAUUCUCGGACGCCGAUUGACCGCGCAAGAUGUCAUUUACAACACUCUGCUGCCAAUUGCCGAGCAAAGAGUUGAGGAAAGGGACUUGAAGGCUAUGGGACAGAUGGUUCCUGAACACGCGGAUUGCAUCCAGUGGAUCAUGGACACCUCACCUCGACAGAAGCCAUGGUCGGCGAAGCGUGUUGUGCAUGAGCUGAUGGCUAUUUGGUUUGGAUCUGUCCAUGCAGUCUCCACCACCGUCACAUUUGCUAUUCAUGACCUCUGCCUGUACCCCGAGUACGUCGAACCCCUGAGGGCGGAGCUCCAGGCGGGGUAUGCCGAAUUCGAAAAGACUGGCAAAGGGCUUCCCCUUCUUGACAGCUUCAUUAAGGAGUCGGCUCGUUUAACCCCAGUUGAAGCUCAGAGCACUCGCCGAUCCGCUUUGCAGCCGUUUAUGCUCUCAAAUGGCCUGAAACUUGAAGUCGGAGACUGGGCCUGCACACCAGUGCGUGCUAUUAUGCAGGAUCCCGAAUAUUUCCCUAACCCACUGCGAUUUAACGGAUUUCGCUUUGUCGAGCCAUCUCUUCUAAGUGAUAAGGAUGGAAAAUUCGAGAUUUCACAGCUGAGCCCAUCUAAGUUGACCGAUGUCGAAAACACAUACCAUGUCUGGGGUACUGGACGAAUGGCUUGCCCUGGAAGAUUCUACGCCGCUGCGAUCAUGAAGGUUAUCAUAGGCCAGAUCGUUCUUAAGUAUGAUACUGAGCUUAUACAUGGAAAGGAAAAUCGGUUUUUGGAGUGGCGGUCGACUAUUCUCCCAAAGAGUGGUAUCAAGGUUGCCUUUAAACCUGUUGAAACUUAG